GAAAGGUAUCAUUCAGUGUGUGCACGUCAGAACAAGUCAACAUGUUGCGGGUUGUGGCUUACGUCUGCGCUCUCCUGGCACUAGCUCACGGACAGACCACCAAUGUAAACCAGUGUACUUUCCACAGUGGACCUCUGCCGAUACACACGUACAUAGAGGGCUGUGUUACUCCGCCAUGUGUCUUCCCACAAGUACAAGAUGCGGUCGUCAACAUCAAGUUCCGAGCACCCCGCGCCGUGCAGAGCAUGACCACUCAUGCCACAGCAUUUCUGUCAAUAUUACCAAUCUUUUACCCUCUCGGCGAGGCAGCUCAGACCUGUAAUUACCUCACUAACAGCAGCUGCCCUCUGAAAGAAGGCGAGGAGGUGCAGUACUCCCUCAAUAUGUUCAUCGAGCCUGCUUUCCCUGCGGGAACUAGUCUACCAAUCGAGUUUAGGAUCGUGGAUGACAACAACAACAACCUGGUGUGUCUCCGUGUGCCAAUCAUAAUCACGCCUCCUGUGUCUUCCAACAUGCUUGCCGGGCCGGCUGCCGGAGUAUAGAGCUGAAGCACAAUCAGUUCCGACAUCACCUAAACUUAGACCUACAACCAAAACCCAUGCGUUGAGUUAACAUAUGACUUGAAGUUUAGUUGCACAGUUGUUUUAAUGAAAUAAAAAAAAUCAGCAUUCAA